CUCGCGCGUGCCGACCACUGCCGUUUUUCCCGCGCAAAUGACAGAGGGUGGCUUUCAAAGGGUCUCGCGAGCAUCUGCAGGAAUUUACAGCGUGACAAGUGCCGAUUGCCCGCCGCCGAGAUGGACACGGAGAUCGAUCAGAAUCUGGAGCAGAUAACGCGCGAAUAUGUGGACUUUCUGGACGACGUGGAGGACCAGAGCAUAUAUGCCACAAUGGUCAAGAAUAUGAUCCAGGAGGAGAGAUACAGGCUGGUCGUGAACAUCAACGAUUUAAGAAGAAAGAAUCCUGCCCGCGCAGCGAGCUUGUUGAACAAUUCCUUUGAGGAGCAACUGGCAUUUCAGAACGCCCUGCAACAAUACAUCUCGAGUGUAGACAUCGACUAUGCCAAGGGCAAUAAAGAGUUCUUCGUAGCUUUCGAGGGCAGCUUCGGAAACAAGCAUGUCACACCGAGAACGCUCACCUCUCGUUACCUGGGUAACUUGGUGUGCAUGGAGGGUAUCGUCACAAAAUGUUCAUUGGUACGACCGAAAGUUGUGAGGAGCGUUCACUACUGCGACACGACCAAGACAGUCCUGGAGAGAGCCUAUUCGGAUCUAACUUCCUUGGAGGCUUUCCCCCACUCUGCCGUUUAUCCGACCACCGACGACAACGGCAAUCCGCUUGAAACGGAAUUCGGUUUGUCGACUUACAAGGACCAUCAGACGCUCACUAUACAGGAGAUGCCGGAGAAAGCGCCAGCCGGCCAGCUACCGCGAAGCGUGGAUGUGAUUUGCGACAACGACCUGGUGGACUUGUGCAAGCCUGGAGAUCGAGUGCAGAUUGUCGGAAACUACCGGUGUCUCCCGGGGAAACAGGGUGGAUACACAACCGGAACUUUCAAGACGGUCCUAAUCGCCAACAAUAUAAUGCAACUGAGUAAGGAGGCCAAUCUCGCGAUCUCCCACGACGACGUAACUAUGUGCAAGAAACUGGCGAAGAACAAUCCCUGCAAGAAUAUCUUCGAGCUUCUCGCCAAGUCCCUUGCGCCGUCCAUACACGGCAAUGAAUACAUAAAAAAGGCGAUUCUGUGCUUGCUCUUGGGCGGAGUAGAGAAGAUCUUGCCAAACGGUACGAGGCUGCGAGGAGACAUAAACGUAUUACUAAUUGGAGAUCCGUCGGUGGCCAAGUCGCAACUACUACGUUAUGUGUUGUGCACCGCUCCGCGAGCAAUUCCGACCACCGGAAGAGGAUCUUCGGGCGUGGGUUUAACGGCAGCGGUUACGGUCGAUCAAGAGACCGGCGAGCGCAGGCUGGAGGCGGGCGCGAUGGUCCUGGCGGACCGCGGUGUCAUUUGCAUCGACGAAUUCGAUAAGAUGUCGGACAUCGACCGAACGGCGAUACACGAGGUGAUGGAGCAAGGAAGGAUCACGAUCGCCAAGGCGGGCAUUCACGCCAGCCUGAAUGCACGUUGCUCGGUACUGGCGGCUGCGAAUCCUGUGUACGGGAGAUACGAUCAGUACAAGACCCCCAUGGAGAAUAUCGGCCUGCAGGAUUCUCUGUUAUCGCGUUUCGAUCUGCUCUUCGUUGUGCUGGACGUGAUUGAUUCGGACCAGGAUCAUAUAAUUAGCGAUCACGUCGUCCGGAUGCAUCGAUACAGAAGUGCUUUGGAGCAAGACGGGGAGGCUUUGAGCUUGGGCUCGAAGUUGGACAUGUUGACCACGAAGAAUCCGGACGACGUAGCUACCGAGGAGUCGCAGUCGCAAGUUUACCAGAAAUACGAUCCGCUUCUGCACGGGCAAACGCGUUCGAAAAACGACCAGAUCCUCACCAUACAGUUCAUGAGAAAGUACAUACACAUCGCGCGGUGCAUGAAGCCCAAGCUCACGGAAGAGGCCAGCGCUGUUAUCGCGGAGGAAUAUUCGAGGCUUCGAUCGGAGGACAUGGUAGAAUCCGACGUUGCGAGGACUCAACCGGUGACCGCGAGAACUCUGGAAACGUUGAUUCGACUGUCCACGGCGCACGCGAAGGCACGGCUCUCGAAGAACGUGGAGAGCGAGGACGCACGCGCCGCGAUAGAGCUCGUGCAGUACGCCUACUUCAAACGCGUGCUGGAGAAAGAAAAGAGGAAGCGGCGACGUCACGACAGCGAGGCGUCGGAGAACGCGGACGAGGCGGACGAGAGCAGGCAGGCGAAGCGCUCCAGACGGACGAGGGAGUCGGGUGAGGCCGAUCCGUACGAGUACGACAGUGACGACGAACACGUCGAACAGGCAACCAGAAGGAUUACAAGGACACAGUCACAAAAGAGCAGCACGCAUACGGAGUCGCACAGCAGCCAUCCGGAGACGCAUAGCGGCCAUCCGGAGACGCACAGCGGCCACCCGGAGUCGCAUAGCAGCCGCACGGAGUCACACAGCAUGGAAACUGAAGGCCCGGAAUCCUCCGUCUCCGAAACAGCGACGCCAACGAUCACCGAAGAAAGACUUGCGGUCUUCAAGUCGUCGCUCAACAAGUUGUUCCAAGAACGAAGGACUCAGAAUAUUCUGAAGACAGAAGUAAUCGAUCACCUGAACAAGACGCUCUCUCUGAACUUCACAUCCGACGAGAUUAAAGCCGCUAUCAGUACCAUGACGGACGCAAAUCAAAUUAUGGCGGUGGAAGACUACAUCUUCCUGAUAUAAAACAUUUGUAAUCUUUCGUACAUAUAUUCGUAUUCGUUAUUACGUGUUGAACAGUAAUCAAAGCAAUAUCUUUAGGCCAUUAAUUUAUAAAAUUAAUUUAUAAAAUCAAGCACUCGCAACUGCAUUGAAUUAUGAGAAACAAGAAAUCAUUCGUUUACGUGCUUACAAUGACUAAUUGUUUCUUUUUUUUUCAUAAUUUAUACGAGUCUUCGGGAGAGAAAUAUUUUUUAUACCGUUUUUGUAACGUUAAUGCUAGCGAUCGAGUAAUAAUAAUAAUCAGUACACAUUUGCGAAUAA